AUGUUGAGAAGAGCAAGACCAAUUUCCAAGUUUGUUGUUAGAUUUAAUUCAACAGCAGCUAGAUAUUUCCCAUCGGAACCACAAGCUCCCAUAGUUUCAACUGAAUCAAUUCCUGGUCCUAAAUCCAUUGCCAUCAACAAUGAAUUGGGUACAGUAUUUGACAAUGGAGCCACUUAUUUUGUGGCUGAUUAUUUCAAAUCAUUAGGAAAUUAUAUUAGUGAUGCUGAUGGAAACAAAUUACUUGAUGUAUAUUGUCAAAUUUCAUCAAUUGCUUUGGGUUACAAUAACCCCAAGUUGAUUGAAGCGGCUAAAUCGGACGAAAUGACAUCGGCAAUUGUUAAUCGUCCAGCAUUGGCGUGUUUCCCCUCGACAAAUUAUAAGGAUAUUCUUCAACAAGGUUUAUUGGCUGCUGCCCCUUCUGGAAUGAAUAAGAUUUGGACAUCAUUGAGCGGAUCAGAUGCCAAUGAAACUGCAUACAAGGCUGCAUUUAUGUAUCAACAUGCCAAGUUGAGACAAACUGAUGGGUUUACUGAAGAAGAAUUGACCAGUGUCAUGAAUAAUGAAACUCCUGGUGCUUCCGAUAUGGUGAUUUUGUCGUUUGAUAAAGGAUUCCAUGGAAGAUUAUUUGGUUCAUUAUCAACUACCAGAUCAAAAGCUAUCCAUAAAUUGGACAUUCCUGCAUUCCCAUGGCCAAAAGCUCCAUUCCCUCAAUUGAAAUACCCCUUGGAAGAAUUUGAAGCUGAAAAUAGAGAAGAAGAAGAAAGGUGCUUGUAUCAAUUUGAAUCAAUUAUUGAAAAUUCACCAAAACAAAUUGCUGCCAUUAUUGUUGAACCAGUUCAGUCUGAAGGUGGAGAUAAUCAUGCUACGCUGUUUUUCUUUCAAGGUUUAAGAGACUUGACCAAGAGACACGGCAUAUUGAUGAUUGUUGAUGAAGUCCAAACUGGUGUUGGUGCCACUGGUAAGUUUUGGGCUCAUGAACAUUGGAACUUGACUACACCACCAGAUAUGGUUACAUUUUCCAAAAAGUUUCAAGCUGCUGGAUUCUAUUUCAGUAACCCCGAAUUGCAACCAAAACAACCAUAUAGACAAUUCAACACAUGGUGUGGAGAUCCAUCAAAGGCCAUUUUAGCUAAAGCAAUCUACAAGGAAAUUGCUGCAUCCAACUUGGUUCAGAGUACAGCACAAGUUGGUGAUUACUUGUUUAAAGGAUUACAAACAAUUGUCGCUAAAUCAAGUGGUAAAUUUACCAAUUUGAGAGGUGAAAAUUUCGGUACUUUUAUUGCUUGGGAUUGUGUUGAUGCUGAUUUCAGAAACAAGGUUUUGCUUGCUUGUAGAAGUCGUGGGGUUAAUAUGGGUGGAUGUGGUGAUGUUUCAAUUAGAUUGAGACCUACGUUGUUGUUUGAAAAGAAACACGCUGAUAUCUUUUUGAAUGUUUUGGAAGAUGCUGUCAAGAGUUUGUAA